AUGACCGGCAUGGUACAGCCCGACCUUGGUCCUCCAGCGACGAAGUACAAGGAAGAUUCUAUUGAUGAUCCCCUUCGACACGGCAACUCUGGUCGUCCCGGUCCUCAACACUCUCAGGCAAUACAGCCUCGAUCAAAUCUAGCACAGAAGCAAGGCCCUGCCUCACCUGUUCAGCCCUCUCUUUCUAUUACUCCUACCACCUACCCUCCAUCCCACCCAUUAGGAAACGGAGCCCUGCACCAUCAUAAUCCCUACGGACCGCCACCUCAGGAAUCACCCUACUACACCACCCAUUCUUCAUAUACAACGACCUCAGCGUCGACACAGUACCCCUCUAGUGGGCCACCUGACCUCAUGGCAUCUACCGCUCAAAUGCAGAGACCUUAUCCGUCUAUUUACCACACUCCCCAAUCAAGCUCACCAGCCUCGGUAGCUUCUCAACCGCAUGAACAACAUGGCCGCAACAUGUACUCCCAGUCACCACAGAUGCCACCGCAGAUGUUUGGCUACCCUCCAUACUCGCCCAUGAACCCGGUUCAACCCUCGCCAUAUGGGGCCCACCAUUCUUCCCAGCAGCAUCCUCUCACAUCACAGCCAUUGAUGAUGCCCCCUCAGAAAGCCCCAUCCCAGGUGCCACCACACCAAUCACCCCACCUCCCUACGUCUGGCAUGUCUAGCAGUCCCAUCAUGAAACUCGAUUCCUCCCAGCACCCCACCACUCCACAGCAAACAAUGCUGAACCCCCCUCUCGCGGCAACUACCAGCCACACAAUGUCUACCAACAACCCCCAUGCAAGCCCACCACUAGGGGGCACCACCUCUAGCGCGGCACCAGGGCCCAUCCCAGCCACUACCCCGCUAGUCGUGCGACAAGACAGUAACGGCGUGCAGUGGAUCGCCUUUGAAUAUUCCCGAGAUCGGGUGAAAAUGGAGUACACUAUCCGAUGUGACGUGGAAUCCGUCAUCGUGGACACACUCACGCAAGAAUUCAAAACGGAGAACUGCGUGUACCCGCGGGCCUGUUGCAGUAAGGACCAAUAUCGCGGGAACAGGCUGGUUUACGAAACAGAAUGCAAUGCCGUCGGCUGGGCACUUGCUGAGUUGAAUCCUGCUCUGAGGGGCAAGCGUGGAUUGAUCCAGCGUGCCGUCGAUAGUUGGCGCAACAGCAAUCAGGACCCGAGAUUGCGCAGCAGACGUGUCCGUCGUAUGGCUAAGAUUAACCGAAGACAGUCGGUCCCCGCUCGGUCUUCCCAUAUGGCGCAGCAAGGCCCUGUUGGCCCAGGUGGUCCACCUGGUCCAGGCAUGAGUGCUAUGCCAGCUCCUGUUCCCCGCCCAAAUUUAGGUCCCAUGUCGAUGGGCCCACCGCAGAUGCAUCAUCAUCAUCAACCUGAUGGUAGUCCUAAUGAGGAAGUUAGCGCGCCAGCGGUCCCUCUAUGCCCCCCCCUCCUUCGCGACAACAGUCUCACCUCACUAAGCCGCCACACAAUCGCAACCUCCGCCCGCAUGGACUCCACUGACCACGAGAUCGAAGAACAAGGUCCAACAAACGACGACCUCUUCAGUCAUCUCCCGGCCGGCAAACGCCGCAAAUUCAUCCUAGUUGACGACCCACAGCGUGGAUGUCGCGUCCGCGUCAAGGUCGUCCUCGACAAGGUGAAUAUGGACGAGAUCCCAGACUCCUACCGCGAGUCAAAUUCCGUCUAUCCGCGUACCUACUUCCCCAUCCAGAUGCGCGACGAGAACCGUGUUGUCCCCGCUAAGCGCUUCUUCCGUGAUGACACCGAGCAGGCGGACGAUCCGGAAGCAUCGACUAUCGGCCGCACGACUGUGCCUGCGCCGUCACUCGACGCUGACACUGAAAUCGACGUGCCGAAGAUCUCCCGCAGAAAACAUCACAAGGAGUUGAUGCUUAAUGACCUCGGCUACCGUAUGAGCUGGAGCCAGAGCCGCGUGUUUGCGGGACGGAUGUUAUUUUUACAGCGUUCUUUGGAUGCCUAUCGCGAUAAAAUGCGAAGCAGUAUGCUCUCUGCGGGCCAGGAUGCAGAUGAUAUCCCCGAUCAUUUUGAUACUCGUCGUGGCAAGCGACGCUUUCUAGAGCGCGGGCGUCGUCUAGACUCUGGUUCUGAGAAUGCUGCGCAGCGGAGUGCGGAGGAGGUUGAAGGUUGA